AUGGUGCUAUCAACAGCUCCCUCUCCUACAACUUCCCCUUCGUUGACCCCUACGUUCACCAUGGAAAACCUCCGUUUCUUCCACCACUUCCUAGUCGCCGCUUACCCGCCUCUCCCCGUGCAAGCGGACAGUGUCUGGAAUAACGUGGCGGCUUUAUCCCAUGGUGUAAGCUUGUUUCCUGAAUCUCAUUCCGCCUCUCACCUCUCCCUCCUCUCCACCAACGAGUCCUCCUCGUCCUCUCUCUUCUCCUCCCCACCCAACUCCUCUCAAGCCGCCCUCUCCCACCGAAUCAAAUCCAUCUCCCUCCUCAACGCAUCCCUAAGCACCCCCUGCUCCUCGCCAGCCUAA